AUGUGGGAUCCUCCCAACCCAAAACUCGAACCUGCGUCCGCUGCACUCGCAGGCGGAUUCCCAACCACUGCACCACCAGGGAAGUCCUCAAAUAGUGUUAUUUUAGAUCAGCUUCCCUUGACCUUUGCCCCGCCGGCGGCCCUGGAGCCGGGGCCCGCGGGGCCAGGAAGCCGGAGCCCGUGCCCCCGAAGCAGAACGGCUGCCGUGGCCAAGUACCUGGCCCAGAUCAUUGUGAUAGGCGUGCAGGUGGUGGGCAGGGACUUUGCCCGGGCCCUGCGACAGGAGUUUACAGCCAGCCAGGCAGCAGCUGAUGCCCAGGGACGUGCCAGACACCAGUCUGCAGCCGCCUCCAACCUCUCCGGCCUCAGCCUCCAGAAGACACAGCAGAUUCUCAACGUCUUCAAGCUGAGCCCUGAGGAGACCCAGAAGAACUAUGAACACCUAUUCAAGGUGAAUGAUAAAUCCGUGGGCGCCUCCUUCUACCUGCUGUCAAAGGUGGUGCGAGCAAAGGAGCGCCUUGAGGAGCAACUCAGAAUCCAGGCCCAGGAGGACAGAGAGUGA